AUGGUCACCCGGGAAUCUCACUCACCAGAUCCACUUGCCCUCACAGAUAAUUUCGACGACAAUGAGGAGAUAGGAGAAUGUAUAGUCGUAGCACGCAUUUCACCCAAAUAUGCUGUCGCCUCCACUCCCAAAAAAAGGAAGGACCCUGUCGUCGAGAUACUCACACCGAAGAAAAGGAAGAAGGUAGAAGAGGAAGGGACUAUCACUGCCUCUACAUCUAGAAAGACACCCAUGGGACCAAGGACACCCUCAGUGGCAGGAGCAGGAGCAGGAGCCAGAGCCAGCCCUACCCCCAAUGGUAAGACCAAGUCCAGACCAGUCGGUUCAAUUUCUGGGUCGAUCACGACGCCCAAUGGAAAAUCGACGUCUACACCUUCUCUCAGCAAGUCCACUUCUACACCGAAACAUAAGGGUACGCCCACGUUAGCAUCAAGUCUACAUAAACCAUUACCUACACCCCCUUCUGCCCAGAAUGGAUCGAAUAGAAAGAGACCUAGAGUAUCGUCGCCUGCCAGACCUGGAUCAAGUGUUGCCAAGGCAUUGACAUUCGAUGAAGAGAUAUUUGAAACUCCCAACACCAAGACCAAAAGUAAAGAAGAAAUAAGUAGGGAGACGUUCCUGGCCAACGAGGCAUUAAAGAGGCAAAGAGAAGCUAGGAACUUCAAUUAUAAAGGUGAAGCUUCUGCUCCGAAAUUAACUAGAUCAGGUCGGGUGGUGGGUCAAGAUAUAACUCCUUCGAGAGAUAGUGAAGAGCUGGAUGAAUAUGGUGGUAUCAUAUAUCAAAGGGACGAAGUGAACCCGUUAGGUAUUCAAGCUCCUAUUAUACCUGAUGUAGAAAUUAGAAACGAUUUACAAGAAAAAGAAGAUCCUGAUAUAACCAUGGUGGAUGAUGAAGAGCAAAGAUCGAAUACACAGAUAGAACAACUACCCAAAGGAGCUCAAAUAUAUUUGAAGAAUGUACUUGCUACGUUGACUUCACAAGGUACAUCUACGAACCCACCACCAUUCGUUGAUGAGGAGAAGAACGAAGCGUUGAUUGGGAUUGUGAAUUUACUGAAAGGGACGGUGGAGAGGGGUGAAGGGAAUAGUGCGUUGGUUGUUGGUCCAAGGGGAGUAGGCAAGACUAGGACUGUUGCUCGUGCGUUAAAUCUCCUUCCGUCAACUUCCGAAACUUCUCCCAUCAUCGUACGGCUCUCUGGGCUGGCACAGACGAACGAUCGGCUGGCGAUUAGAGAGAUGGGUCGACAGAUUGCUGAAGCUGAGGGAAAGAGAGUGGAGAAUGAUGAGGAGGAUGUGGAAGAGGAAGGAAAUGACGAGGAAUACGCGCCUACGACUCUACCUUCGCAUCUACUUGCACUUCUUACCCAACCAUCUCCAAGGGCGAUCAUCAUUGUGAUAGAGGAAUUUGAUCUGUUCACUGAGCAUGCCAGACAGGCGCUGCUAUAUUGCUUGUUGGACGUCGUUCAGAGUAUCAAGACUGGUCCAGUGGAGACCACAGGUAGAGGUGUAGCCGUGCUGGGUAUAACGACUCGAAUUGAUACUUUAUUGUUGCUUGAAAAACGAGUCAAAUCUCGAUUCUCCCAUCGAACUUUCCGUAUACCGUCUCCAAUAUCUUCAGAGGGUAUAGGUUGGAACGCGCUUCUGAUGGACUCGUUGAUACCUUCUAAAGGGAAAGAGAAUGAGGAAGAUAGAUGGAAAGGGGAUUGGCAAUUCGCUAUACAGAUGUUGUUGAAAGUGGAUAGGAUGAAAAGGAAUUUAGAUAGAUUGACUGGUCUGACAACGGAUGUUAGGAAUUUAUAUAGACCCUUUAUCUUGCCUGUACUUAGCGUACUUUCAUCUAAGAUCGAUUUCAUGUCCAUCCAGGAACUAGCGGAUAGUGUGAUUUCUCAGAUCGAAGGUGCAGGAUGGGGUCUACAGCUGAACAAGUUGAAAGGAUUACCUCAUCCUGCUCUGGGUGUGUUGAUCAUCACGAAACACCUCUCGUAUGCUGGUAGAGAAGAAUUCAAUUUCGCUCAAGUCGAAGAAGAGUAUUUGAGGUUUUCGAGGACGAAAUUGGUGGGAAGUGGGAAGGUCAGAUGGCCAAUCGGCGUUUUGAUGAAUGCAUUUGACCAUUUACUGAAAAUAUCGUUACUGGUACCAGCAAGUAAUGCCUCUCUGAAACCGCAAUUCCAAAAAGUUAGAUGUACACUCUCACCGCAUGAGAUCGUAGGAUGGUUCAAAGGUGAGGGAGCCAAUGUGUUGGGUCCGGAAUUGGGUAAUUGGGGUAGGAUGAUGGGUGGGCACGCGUAG